AUGAAACGUAAAGACAAGGAAUAUUCAAAAACUCGUAUGGAACGUUUGAAUUCGUUCGGACAUCAUGCUGGCGACGAAUCCGAUGCUUAUGUUGGCUCAGCAGCUACAACCGUCGUACGUAAAACAAUUCCAACUGGAAAGAAUACGCAACGUAUGUCAAUUGCAUCCGAAGAAACGAAUCGAUUGAAUCCAACGGACAGAAAUCAUAAGAUUUUAACAAAUAAACAUACAUUAGAAGAACAACAACACCGAGUGUCGAUGAGACAACCAUCGGGAAUUAAUAACUCACAUACUUUACCAAAUAAUCAUACAGGCCAACAGCUUCUAUUAACUUCUGGUGAUAUUGAAGCAAUGACUAUGAAACAAUUUCGUAUUGGUUCACUUGGAUGUUGA